GUGACUGGUAUGAGCAACGACCUCGGCGAAUAUUCGUGGGUCCCUCCUCAGUACGACGUAUCUCGUCCACCAAACCUCGUCAGCACCGCUCGACUCGACCCCGACCCCGAUUUCCCAGAGAACUUCAUUCGCACGGCAAAAUGGUCUCCAGAUGGGGCGAAUGUUCUUUCCCAAUGCGAGAAUCGAUCAUUCCAAUUCUUUGAUUUAUCAACAGAAUCACCUUCAACGACUUCCUCUGCGUCUCUCAACUACUCUCGUACCCUUCACCAAUCUUCUCCUAUCCUUGACUUUGUAUGGUACCCCAGCGCAUCAUCAAGAGAUCUCGCCUCGUAUUGCUUUGUCGCUUCUGUUCGGGAGUGCCCCGUGAAGCUUCUGGAUGCAUCCGAUGGGCGAUUGAGAGCGUCUUACAGAAUUGUAGAUCACAGGGAGCGGCAAAUUGCUCCGCACAGUUUAGCUUUCAAUCUUACUGCGCAGAAGCUGUACUGCGGUUUUGAAGAUGCUAUCGAAAUAUUCGAUGUUCAUCGACCCGGUGAAGGUACGCGACUACCUACAACACCCUCAAAGAAAACAAAAGAGGGCUUGAAAGGCAUUAUAAGCAGUAUUGCAUUCUCGUCGUCUUAUGAUACUUAUGCAGCUGGUAGCCUCUCUCCAUCAUCUUCUUUCGCAGAAAAUAUUGCGUUAUUCAGCGAGGCGAGCAACGAGCCAGUUAUGUAUGUUGGCGCAGACAUUCGAGCGAGUGUUACUCAGCUCAUGUUUAAUCCAACAAAACCACAUAUGCUGUACGCUGCUUUCCGCAGACAGUCUUCUAUCUAUGCUUGGGACCUUCGCGGAAACACAUCUACGCCUCUCAGACUAUUCAACCCUUCCAGUUCAAACAAAAGCGGAUUAACAAAUCAAAAAAUACGUUUCGACGUCGAUCUGGCCGGUCGACGUCUAGGCGUCGGUGGUCAGGAUGGGAACGUGUCGUUAUUUGACUUAGAUAUCGAAACAGAAGCUGAUACAGUAUAUGAGGAAUCUGUUCAGGAAGUUGAGCCCAGCCUGACGUACGAGGCCCACAAAGAUGCUGUUGGGUCUGUGGCUUUCCAUCCUCUACAAUCGGUGCUUCUUUCAGCAUCUGGCUCAAGGCACUUUGAACACGAUGACACAGGCGAUGCUUUUAAUGCUUCAGGUGAUACAUCAAACUCAGAAUCGGAAUCGGAUGAUCAAGGGCACAUUGCGAGGAAGAUGAAACGUCGACCACACCCAGUUGUGAUGGAUGCUUCUCUCAAUGUUUGGUCAUUUGCAACUGAUUGAUGUACAAUGUGCUAUCUUAUAUCUCGAUUUAGCUGUCCACAGCUCUCACCACGACACGAAAAUUACAUACUAGUAGGCAUCCAAUCCAAUAGCCUAAGCACAGUGCAAAUUCACUGCAAAAUGGGGUUUAUAGCGUUCCCGGGUUUUGCCUUGAUCGCUUCUUGCAUUACUGUGCCAUGCAGUUGACAC